AUGGGAGGAGUGGAACGCACCGUUGGGAGGAUUGACGAGGGUUCUGUUUUGAAGGGGAUUAUCGUCCAUCAUCUGGAGGAGGCCGCCGAAACUGGAAAAAAAGGAAAAUCACGAUCAUCAUCUUGGAGGGCCGCCGAAAGGGGUUUCUUGGAGCUAACCAUUAAUCCUCCACAAGAUCUCACAAAUGGCUUCACCGAAACUCCUUUACACAUAUCAGCCUUGCUUGGCCACCUGGAAUUUACCAAGGCACUUGUCACAUACAAACCCAGACUACCCAUUGAGGUUGACUCUUCCCAGAACACACCCGUCCACUUGGCUUCUGCAGAAGGUCAUACCGAAAUCGUGAAGGAACUUCUUAAAGUUAAUGACAAGCCAUGCUCGUUUCCUAAUGAAGAGGGCAAAAUUCCUUUGCAUUAUGCAGUUAUGAGAGGGAGAUUAGACGUUGUGAAAGAGUUGGUGAACGCGAAGCCUGAGUCUCUGAGCUUUCUUGAUAAUGGAAACACUGUUUUUCACUUGUGUGUGAUACACCAUCAUUUGGAGACUCUCAAGUGUUUGGUGGAAUUGGAAGUUGCCAUUUCUGGGAAGCUUCUUAACUUCGCGAUUUCUGAUGAAGUGGGCAACACCGUUUUCCAUUUAGCUGUCGGGUCCAAGCAAGUUGAGGUGUGA